CCGUCGUCGCGCAUGCGCGGUGCGGCGGAGGCGGCUCGCGCGCGGCUUGAGCGGCCGAGGCUAUGGGGCUGAGUCGGGUGCGCGCGGUCUUCUUUGACCUGGACAACACGCUCAUCGACACGGCCGGGGCGAGCAGGAGAGGCAUGUUGGAGGUAAUAAAGCUCUUACAAUCAAAAUACCACUACAAAGAAGAGGCGGAAAUCAUCUGUGAUAAAGUUCAAGUUAAACUCAGCAAGGAGUGCUUUCAUCCAUACAGUACAUGCAUUACAGAUGUGAGGACUUCACACUGGGAAGAAGCAAUCCAGGAAACCAGAGGUGGUGCUGACAAUAGGAAAUUGGCAGAAGAAUGUUACUUUCUGUGGAAAUCUACACGUUUACAGCAUAUGACCCUAGCAGAAGAUGUCAAAGCCAUGCUCACUGAACUUCGCAAAGAGGUCCGCCUACUCUUGUUAACAAACGGUGACAGACAGACACAGAGGGAGAAGAUCGAGGCUUGUGCUUGCCAGUCUUACUUUGAUGCUAUUGUUGUAGGAGGAGAGCAGAAAGAGGAGAAACCAGCACCUUCCAUAUUUUAUCACUGCUGUGAUCUCCUUGGAGUGCAGCCAGGAGACUGCGUGAUGGUUGGUGACACACUAGAAACCGAUAUACAAGGAGGCCUCAAUGCAGGACUGAAAGCCACAGUCUGGAUAAACAAGAGUGGAAGGGUGCCUCUGACAUCAUCCCCCAUGCCUCACUAUAUGGUUUCUUCUGUGCUAGAAUUACCUGCUCUCUUACAAAGCAUAGAUUGCAAAGUCAGCAUGUCUGUGUAACACACAGAAGAACACAGCAACCAAAUGCAGAGCCAGUUUACAGGGUUAGAACUGAUGCACGCCAAGGCAUUCUGUGUAUUUGGUUCAGUUCUAAGAAUGUGAGUGAGGAUUCACUGCCAUGCUGUGACGAUCCUCCCAACCCUGCUGCUGCUGAUAACCAUAGGCUUGCAUUCAUAUCUGAAAUCCAGGUUUUAAAUCUGUAGUCCAGAAAACUUGAAGAAAGGCAAGAUAGCUUACAUGUGGGUAUGCAGGUACUGGCUUACAGCAUAGAAAUAGAUAUUUUAUUAAAAAAAUAGAUAUUCUAAAAUAGAGAUUCAAGCAACUAAAUCAGGUUGGUAUAAGUACUAAAUCAUACAAGUUAAAACAUUUCAUAGUGAAAUUUUGCAUAUUUUAGACAAUUUUUUUGUUAAAAUAUUUUGCCUACUUUCAAUGUGUAUGUUCUUAUCUAUUAUCUAAUUUUUCUGCAUGAUUUUUGAAGGACUGAAUUUUCUGUGGUGUGAACAUGACAGAUUGUUAUAAUUUGGAAAAAAAAAAAACUAUUAAAAAUCAACCCAUGGUGCUCUAUUUUCAUACUUUUGGAGUGAGCUUGUGGCUUCCAUAGUCUUUAUUCAGAGUAAAAACUACCUUUUUUCGGGCACACAGUGGAGAGGACUAGAUGUUUUGUUUAGGUUAAAUGCUGGUCAUGUGACACCAAAAGUCAUUUGCAUUCUCAAGCAGAGAAUUGCCUCCAUGUGUUCUGACCAGGCAGUCUCCCUACUGGUCUGUUCUCUGAUCAUUAUUUCCCCAAAGUGACCAAACUGGUAGAGAAAGUAGGUAUUGAAAGCCAGAUGUGGUACACACCUUUAAUCCCAGCACUCAGUCAGCAAAGGCAGGUGGAUCUGUGAGCUCAAGGCUACAUAGUGAGAACCUGUCUCAAAAAAAAAAAAAAAAAAAAGGAAGGAAGGAAGGGAGAAAGAAAGGAAGGGAGAGAGGAAGGGAGAAAGGGGGAAGAAAGAAAAUCUACUUGAGUGGCUCUCACAGUACCUCUGUAGUAAAUUUAUUUUCCUUAGUUUGAGGAAGCACUGUGUCUCAGAUUCUCAAGUGCUCACUUGGAGCUUGAGUAGUGUUCCAUGGCAACAUUGGCAACCAGGAAUUUCCCCCAGGCUGUUAGACUGGCCAGUCUCAUGAUUUUAUAACCAGAAUUGGAAUGGGUAUCUAAUAAAAGAAAAUUAAUGAAAUAAA